CCUCCCGGAGCCGAAGUAUAAAUAGCCUCCCCUUCAUCCUCGAUUUCCAUCAUCAGAACUGAGUUUCCAAUUCAGAACCCUAAUCGUCUUUCUUCAUUGAAUUGGUUUCUGCAAAAAUGUCCGGCCGUGGUAAAGGAGGCAAGGGAUUGGGAAAGGGAGGCGCCAAGCGUCACCGGAAAGUUCUCCGGGACAACAUCCAGGGCAUCACCAAGCCGGCAAUCCGCCGUCUGGCCCGCAGAGGCGGCGUGAAGCGUAUCUCCGGCCUCAUCUACGAGGAGACCAGAGGCGUUCUGAAGAUCUUCCUCGAGAAUGUGAUCAGAGAUGCGGUGACCUACACGGAGCACGCCCGGAGGAAGACUGUUACGGCGAUGGACGUCGUCUAUGCGCUCAAGAGGCAGGGAAGGACUCUGUACGGUUUUGGUGGAUAGAAAUGUUAUCGAUUCCGUUCACUGGUUUCUUCUUCAAUCGGAGUGUUCUUCAAUUAGAUCUGUUAGUCUAGUUUUAAUUUUACUGCUUAUGCGAACUGGGGAAAAUGUAUAAGUUUGGCAAUUCAAGAAAUUUAAGAUGGAUUUCUUCAGAUUAUACUGGUGUUUGAAGAUUUUCUUCUUCAUAUGCUUUGAUUUUUAUUUGAAACGAAGUUGUUUUUUGUCAUAUUAUUGAGAAUAUCAAAUUACGCCAACUUCAAAGCAAUUUACGCUGUCCUAGAAUUUGGGUA